CUAAUACAUGCGGAAGUGAAUGGUUUUUGUAGAUAAUUAACAUGAACUGUGUCUGUUCUCUUUAAUGUAUUAUUUUCUCUGGUAUUAACGUGUUCCUUUGAAAUACCGCCGGUUCGUUCUCUUACCAAUUUGUUGUUAUCUCAUCACCCGUGUUAGAAGCUGUCGGCUAGCACUGCUUGGUGCACAUGCAGUCUUUAGUGCCCGGCUUUCAUGUUUAAAAAAWAUAUAUAUAUUUCCAUAGUAUAGCAAUGUUCUCUGUUUUACAAAAUGAAGACGACGCUCGAGCAGUCGAACAUGCAGUUAGAACAGCGAUACAUACUAUUGUGAGUGUUAUUUCUAGUAUCAACAGUGCCAAAAUACAGGAAUAUCAAAGUAAGUUGGCUGAGAAGGACAAAGAAAACGAAACGCUGAAACGCAAAGUUACAACAGCAGAACGUGAGGUCACAGCAUUGCGAGGCUCCUUUGAAUUUUCUGAAAAUGAAUGUCAUCAAGUCAGGUCAAGCACUUAMGCACUUUCACCAGAAAUGCAAAGAGGGAAACCAAUUUGCAAUGAAAACGAGGUGUCAAGCAAAGCUGAGUGGAGAAUAGAUUUCCCCUGACUCCUCCACAGGUUUUUUCCCAGUGCAAAGACACAGCUUUUCCCACUGGGGCAUCAACUAUUUAUAUGUCCCAUCACCAGAACCCUACCUCCCAUUCUGCAGAAGAGCCUGGGCUUUUAGCAGAGCUAACCAGAGGCCAGUCCCCAUCACCCAGUCCAGUCACCAGACCAGUGAUAAAAGAGYAGCCCUCUGACAUUGAGACAUUCUACAUUAAAUGGGAGAUGAGUGAGGAUGGUAUUAGGGAGCAACGGGAGGGCCUAGGCCCGAUACACAUCCUGGGAAAAGAGUACGAAGCCCAGCAGACGGGUGGAACUCCAACCAGGCAAAGAGAUGGAACUCACCCUGUAGCUGGUAGCCAGAGUGGACAUGAGUAUGGGGAGAGAUCGACCAMGCAUCUGAAAAGGAGCGCAGAGACACAGAGGAGGUUCAGAGAGAGAGUCCGUGCUGACCCUGAGAAGUUCCGGGCCUACAAGGAGAAGGAACGACGCAGGAAUCAGCAGAGGAAAGUGUCGAUAUCAGAUUUACCUGAAGAGACCCGCAGAUUGAAGAGAGAGGCCUGGAGAGAAGCAGCCAGACGCUGUCGUGCCCGCAAAAUGUCCUUUUUGCAAACAAAACCCACACAGCCCUGCCACCUCCCACAGAACACAGAGACACCUGGGGAGACUAGGGGACACCACAGACAGUAGGGGGGGAUUAGGCCUGCACAGAUGAGUUUAGGCUGCCAAACAAAGAUGGGGAUUUGGGAUCAUAUUUGUUGAUAUCUCCUUUGUUGUUUGAGAGGAUGAAUUCUGUAUCAUAUUGUAAUGAUCCAGUUAUUCAAUGAAUUGGUUCGGGCUGUUAAUGUUCUAUGAUUUUUUUAUUUAGAGAUGUCGGUAAAUUAAUUCACAUUGUACACCAUUUGCUAUUGUUCACUGAUUUACCACUAGACGGUGCUGUGAUUGAGCCACCCCAAACACAUUUGACACGUGACGCGCGCGAUUGGCGCGGCGGAAGUGAACUGCUAGGUAAACGUUGAGCUGUAAUACAGUUGCUCUCUAAAACAUGUCAAAUAAARUUUCUUCUGAAUAUUUUAUACAAGUGAGUGCCUUUGAAAUACCACGUUUUCGUUCGCUUUCUCUCUUUGAUAAUAUUGUUACUGAAGGGUUACAAACUGACGCACACAUCGGUAAAGUUGUUGGCUGCUGACUGUUUAGCCAGCUGAGCUAGCUAGAAAUGUUACGUUACAGUGCCACAGACAAAAGGGUUAGCUAGUUAUCAGCUGCUUCACUCUGUGACUUGGCCAACUUAGCAAACUUGAUAACGUUAGYUUGUGUGGGUGAGUUAAAAAGAAGAAAAGAAAUCUCCCAAGUAGAGUAAUGAAUUCCUGUUUACAUAACGAAGAAAACGCUCGUGCAGUGGAAAACGCUAUCAGAACAGCGGUAAAUACUGUCAUGGAUGUUAUUUACAAUAUGAACACUACCAAAAUACUAGAAUAUGAAAGGAAGGUGGCAGAGAGGGACAAAGAAAAUGAAACACUUAAAUGUAAGCUUAAAAAAGCUGAAGACGAAUUAACAACAUUUCGAGUAGGCCUAUCCUUUGAAUUGUCUGCACUGUCACCAGAAAGAGAUUUUGGGAAACCGAUGUGCAAUGAGAACGAGGUGGCAAUCGAAAAUGAUUGGAGAAUGGAUUUCCCCAGUCUCAAUGCAGGGACUCCUGGGCUUUCAGCAGAGCGAGCCAGAGGCCAGUCCCCAUCAGCCAUUCCAUUCACCAGCCCAGUGAUAAAAGAGGAGCCUGCUGACACUGGGUCUUUCUACAUCAAAUGGGAGAUGAGUGAGGAGAGCAUUGCAGAACAACAGGAGGGUUUAGGCCCGAUGCACAUCUUGGGGAAAGAGUCUGAUGGAACGUCUUCUGUUGCUGGUAGCCAGAGUCCAGGCGAUCGACGUUCAGAACAGUCUGAGGAGACAUCGACAGAGCAUGUGAAAAGGAGGCUGUCAAGCGCAGAGACACAGCGGCAAUACAGAGAGAGAAUCCGUGCUGACCCUGAGAAGUUGCGGGCCUACAAGGAGAGGGCAAAAUGCCGGGAGGAGGAUGAUGAUGAGGAUUGGAUCAGCAACUUUCAUGUCCCUUGGCAGCAGACGCCUGAAAGCCUCAGGCGAGCCAUUGCAGAGGGACGAAGAGUCGAGGCGGCAGAUAGGCGGCUGAUGGUGAGGAUCACCGUUGAUGCAAUGCGUGUACACUGCCUCAACCCCAACAAGAAAGUAUGUGCAGAAAUAGCCAAAGCCAUAGUUGCAGAAUAUCCAGAGAGCUUUGCAGACCUGUCAAAAGAAGGGGAACUGCUUAGCAGAAGGUACUCCUCCUUGCUCACCCAAAUAAAGACAAGAGUGGAGCAUGUGAACCGGAACACUGAAAAUAGAAUACGCAGACCCAAGAUGAGCAAAAAAGGGGAACACAGCAACAGACAAGCCAAAACAGCAAGAACAAAAGUGGACAGUUAUGGGUGCAUCAACUGGCACCCACACYACCUUCCGGAAGGAGAGACUACUGAGUCCAUGGAAAACAAGAGACAGAUUAUGGCCACCAUUUUCAACAUUGCAGGCCCCAUAGGUGUGGACAGGGGAGACGUGGAUGAAUUCAUGAGGCUUACGUACAUUAACCAACGCCACAUGAUAAAUGCAUGGCCAGCCCCAAGCAUCGGUGAUGUCAAGGAACAAUGGCCUUUUCUUUUUACCAAGAGAUGGCUCUGCGCCCACUUCCACAUGCUCACUGGAGUUGAGAUCGACCGCUGCCUCAGUGACGCUCUGCUGAGCAAGGGAAASACCAUUGUCAAUUUCUUCCGAAGUCAGAAACCCAAAUGGAGGAGAGGCAUCAUAAGUCUCCUCAAUGACAUUGAAGGUGACCUCAGUGGAAACAACAAGGACCUCACAGCCUGUGCUGCCAUUCUUCUGGUGCUGUCCCACUUCAGAGAGAAAGAGGACUCUCUCUUCCUCUUGGCUGAUGUGAAUGACACCCAGAUGGAUGUAGAGGCUCAGUUGCAUUUGCCGGCCACUCCAAGACUUAUCAUGCUUGGGAGUUCCCUGCUGGCUUCAUCUAAAUGGAUGGUGUCGAUCGAGGGAAGAGUGGUCUGUGUUUUGGAAAAUCAGUCCGACUUUGCUGCUGCCCUCUCUGUGCUCUUCGGCUGUUUCUACGUGUUCAAUACAGAGUACCAGGAGACAGCCUCAGCAACACUGGAGUUUAUUCAGAGGUGUCUAGUAGGGAUCAACCCAAAUGAAGGAACCAAAUGCUCUUCAUACCUUGAUUCAGAAGCCGGGGUGAGCCGCAGGACUGGAAGAGUUGUGCAAAGGAAGACCGAUGCAGUUGCCGCCUUCCUCAAAGACCUGACUGAAUUUGAAUGGUGAACCAGUUUCAUAGGAGAUGCAAACACACAAACAAGGAUGCACAUACAUGAUGCAUAGCUUCAAAUGUUGUAAUGUUGCUCUUGUUUAAUAUCAAUCAAUCACCACUACAGAUUGCAAUUGAGAUCUGUCAUCUUGGAAUAUUUGUCCUAUGUUUCUGUUGGCUGGUCCUGUCUGUGAUGGGGAAACGUGAUUUUAUAACUUUUAUGUUAUAAUGAUGUUCUAAAUGAUUACUGGAAGUGUUUUUUUUGUUGACAAAUUUUAAGACGUUUUGUAGACUUAUUGUAAACAAAAUCAGUGUGAUAAAUUCUAUUUUSUUCGUAACGAGUUCCCAUUUCCCUACAGUGUUAAAGGGGCAGUGCAGUUAAACUUGAUUUUCCUGCUUUGUUAUAUAUUUCCACACGAUGAGGUUGAAAUAAAACUCAGAAAUUGUGAAAAUUAUGCCCUUUUUUGUGUAAGAGCUGUUUGAAAAUUGCCUGGAAUUGCAGCCAGUCUAGUUGGGAUGGAACUUUUUGGCCCACCUCAUGACGUCGCAAUGUGAUCUAAUUAUAAUAGAUCAAUGAUUGUUCAUCUGGGUAAGGGGGUGGGCUCUAGACCAUCCUAUCAGCCAAUCUGGUCUGUGUAUGUAAAUAAUGUAUACUCAAAUGUGUUUCCUAAUGCCCACAUGAUCAAACUGAGCAUUUUUAGGGCCAAAGGAGGCUCAAGGAAAUAAAUGGUUAAACAUA